UCUUUGAAGCCAAGGCUAACACAGAGAAAGACAAGAAGACCUAAAUAUCGUUGAGUCAACUCAUCGAAUAUCUAUUCCGCACUAAGUUGCAACUUAGAGUUUCUUUUCACAUUGUCUUUGCCAUUCUUCCAAUCAAACAGCGGAUGUCCCAAGCUUAGUUCUCAAUUUUCUUCAGAUAUUCUUGUUACUAAUUUGGAACGAUUCUGGUUACCUAUUUGGAACGAAGAACUUAUUCAGCUGCAUAAUUCUGUUCUGCUACUCUGCUAGGUAAAAGAAGGAAAGAACAUGGCACGGCAACUAUCAGAGAACCCAUCUAGUAUGCACAUUCAAGAAAAAUCUGAGUCUUCUAUCCAGAGAUGGUACUUUACUAUAGAAGAAAUAGAAGAUCACUCCCCAUCAAGAAAGGAUGGGAUUGAUUAUGAAAAAGAAUCUCAUCUAAGGAAGUUGUACUGCUCUUUCCUGCAAGAGCUUGGGAUAGAGCUGAAAGUGCCUCAAGUGACAAUAGCUACUGCAAUGAUGUUGUGCCAUCGAUUUUACAUGCGCCAAUCUCAUGCAAAGAACCACUGGCAGAUUGUCGCAACGGUGAGCAUGUUCCUUGCCGGCAAAGCUGAAGAAACACCACGCUGGCUGAGUGAUCUUGUUGUUGUUGCCUACAAGCUUGUGUAUAAAUGUGAUCCAUCAGCUCCACUGAGGAUCAGGCAGAAGGAUAUUUAUGAUAAGGAAAAGGAAUCAGUUGUAGCUGGUGAGAGAAUGCUGCUUGUGACAGUUGCUUUUGAUCUUAACAUCGAACAUCCUUACAAGGCGCUUAUUGCUGCUAUGAAGAGGUUGGAAAUUUCUAACAAGGAGAUGGUCAAAGUAGCCUGGAAUUUUGUGAAUGAUUGGCUUCGCACAACACUGUGCUUGCAGUAUAAGCCCCAUUAUGUCGCUGCUGGUUCCAUGUUCCUUGCUGCAAAACUUCUGAAGGUGAAAUUGCCUGCCGAAAAAGGGAAUCCCUGGUGGAUGCAAUUUGACGUUGCUCCAAAGCAGUUAGAAGAGGUUAUUCAACAGAUGCUUCAGUUACUGGAGCAGAAUCAGAAACCAGUAAUACCAUCCACUUCCGGCAAGUUGACUGAAUUAAAACCUGUUGCUCAGAAGGCAACAUCAAGCAGCACAGAGUCUAGUAUCUCAAGUGUGUCAGUUGUUGCACAAGAUUCCAGGAAUAUGGAAUUGGUCGAGACUAGAGGGCCAUCCACAUCUGUGACAUCCAAAUUCAGUGAGAAAGCAUCCUGCAACAGCAUCAACACUGUCAAGGAGACAGAUCAUUUGGAGACUAGUGAGUGUGGUAGUGCAGAUAGUGCAGUUGAAGAUUGUGUUUGUCAGUCACUAAAGAAUGAGCCCGGAAAUGAAAUUUGCCAGACUCUCUCUGUUAGUGAUCACAAUGGAAAAUUUGAUAUUGAUCGAAUCAAGGAGAGAUUGAAGAGGCGAAAAUUGGAACCGAGUUCAAUGAAGAAAUCUGCCAUGUAUGAUGAGAUCGAUAGUGAGGCUUGGAUUGAGAGAGAGCUGGAAAAUUUGGGAUAGUGUCAUUUCUACUUGUUCAUUGGAUGAAAUAGUUUUUAUGGAAGUGUAAGCAGAAAAGAAAAAAAGGGGCACACUGAUAUGAUGCACUGGAAUUAGGAAGGUGCAGAUGUGAAAAAUUUCAGCUAAGAAGUUUGAAAUUCAGAAACUGCUGUCCAGCUAUGGUAACAAUCUCUCUCUUGGUUCAACUUUUGUUUAGCAGCUAUGGUAAUAUUGAUUUUUCUAAAGGGUGUGAUUUUAUGCAAGUCCAUUUUAUAUGCUAAGCUAAAAAACAUCUGUUUUUAACGUCUUUUUGAGCUCAGUAGAAAAUUAAACUGUUUAAAGAUGGGAUGCCCCAGAAAGAGAGGGUAAAAUAGAUAUUUGCUGAGCUAGGCAUUGAAUAGAAUAAGAUAAUACAGUGGAGGGUCGCACGAUAUUAAUCCUGUGGCACAAAAAAGAAAGAGAACCGACAGAAAGGAGGCUCGCAGAUCAAAUUCGUGGUUUUUGAAAAGAGACCAUUUCAUAAGUAAGCUGGGAAGGCAUUGUCGGAGGAAAGUAAGCGAAAAGUAGUAAACAAGACUAUUUGGGUUUCUCAUAAGCGCAUUUUUGCAGCUUGGUAUGCUUAAUUGUUUAUAGCCGAAGAAAGAAAUACUUACUUCAACCUGUUUCUUGUUUGUUUUCUUGCUACCCUGUAAUUGUGAAGCACUUCAGUAUUCUUGUACUCAGAGAAGACACAAAAUGUAAACUUAACAAUUCUUUUUGUUGUGAACAUAUUUGCUCGGUUAAUAAGUAAACAAGUGAUGACUGACUAUGGAAGUUAUCAUGGCAUAUUCUAUCUUGA